AUGGCCAACGACAACCUUGUGUCGACCCAGGGACUUUCGUCCAAUGACAGGAUCAACGGCAACGCUGACACCAACGGUCAUGGCUAUGACUCAAAGCCUCUCGCGGAUGCAGUCAUGACCUCUGAGUCAAUUCCAACUCAUCCUUUGGGCGUGAAACCGCUGGGCAACCAAUAUCUCUCGGACCGUCCGAACGCUCGGAAACACAUCGGAGUCUUCACAACCUUUCCCGAUGAGGCUCUUAUGAUAUUGCUGGAAUACCUUGACCAAAGCAAUUUGAGAAAUCUCGGAUACACCAGCAAGUUUCUUUAUGCCUUCUGCCAGUCCGACGAGUUAUGGAAGGCUCUUUUCCUCGAAUUCGACGGCAAGUGGCAAGGCACCUGGAGGUCGACUCAACUUGGACUGUCACCUGAAAAACGAUGCAAGAUUGAUUGCAGUAACGUCUUCUCAGAUGUCCUGCAUAGGCCCUUUGUGUGCAGCCAUGUGGACCUGACGCAGUUCACCUCGAGGAUUCCAAAGAGUAAUCAGAUCCAGCGUAUGGAAACACUGACUUACGAGGAGUUUGCUCAGGAAUGGACUGAGGUGCCGUUUAUUCUGACCAGCUACAUCCAGACAUGGCCUGUAUGUCAUGAGUGGACCAUAGAUGUCAUUCUGCAAAAGUACAAGGAUGUCGAGUUUCGCGCCGAGGCAGUUGACUGGCCUUUCUGGACGUACCACGAAUACAUGAAGAACAGCAAUGACGAGAGCCCUCUUUACCUCUUCGACAAGAAGUUUGCCGAGAAAAUGGGAAUCAAGGUUGGCUAUGAGGAAGGCGCGGCGUAUUGGAAGCCGGAGUGCUUUGGGCCUGACUUGUUCGAACUGCUUGGCAAGGAGCGGCCUGCCCACCGCUGGCUCAUCAUCGGACCCGAGAGGAGCGGAUCAACCUUUCACAAAGACCCUAACGGCACCAGCGCGUGGAACGCUGUUAUCCAGGGAACCAAGUACUGGAUCAUGUUCCCGCCUACCGCACAGGUUCCAGGAGUCUACGUUUCAAGCGACAGCAGCGAAGUGACGAGCCCGCUCAGCAUCGCUGAGUGGCUCCUUGAGUUUCAUGAUGAGGCGCGCCAGCAGCCAGGCUGCAUUGAAGGCAUUUGCAGGGAAGGCGAGAUCUUGCAUGUACCAAGCGGAUGGUGGCAUUUGGUCGUCAACGUGGAGAACGGCAUCGCACUAACACAGAAUUUUGUGCCCAAAUCCACCUGUCUGUACCAGCUCACAGAAGUCUUGAGCUUCCUGAGAGACAAGGCAGACCAAGUCACGGGCUUUAAGCAGGAAGUAACGGACCCGUACGGUCUGUUUGUCGAGCGGCUACGCCUGGACCAGCCAGAGCUGCUGGAAGAUGCCAUGCGAAACUUGGACAAGAAGACCAGCCAGAAGAAGAGAAAGUGGGAAGAGGCUGUGGGUGUACAUGAUACCGAAGCAAGCGGCGGGGGAGGCUUCAGCUUCGGAUUCGGCGGUGACUUGGAUGACGAUGAAGUGUCAUGA